AAUGAAAAAAAAACAUACAAAAUUUUCACUUACUCGAUGUCGUAUUGAACAAAUUAAACAUGAAUAAAUAAAUUAAAUAAAGUUUAAAUAAACAAAAAUCAAACAUUACUGAUUAAACGCAUUCACGGUGCCAUAAUUAAAACUACACCAACAUAAAACUGUUAAAAAAUGCGUUUGUAUGUGAAACGUAAAAGUGGAAAUGGUGAACUCAACCUGAGUUAUGAAGGAAAAUAUCUUUUGGAUCCACGAUAUAUGACAAAACGUGAUUUACAAUUUUACUAUCGCUACUACAAUAUGACAAAGAAACGAAAACACUUCAAAAAAAUAAUCAUAAUGGUUCUAUGCAUCUGUUUCUUUUCUUAUAUUUUUAUCGAUUUUAAUUUGAAAACGAAAUUAAUACAUUUAAGGGACCGUUUUGAAUUUAUCGCCCGCAUCGAUGCUGACUACAAUAUAAGUCAGGCAUAUUUUAUUGAUUUGCCUGGAUGCCGCAUGCCUUACUUUCCUGUCACCGAUGACAAUAUAAUACAAUUCAUGUAUAAGCCAAGAAAUUUUUCAUGCAAAAAAGCUUUAAUGCGCACCAGUGACGUUGGUGGUGCGGUCCUUAUGUUGAACAUGAAUGAGAAGGAAAUCUAUGACACCUACGAAAUACGAGACUUGUCGAAUUUGUAUUGUAAUUAUACCGAAAUACGGAGAAUAAAUGAUCAACAUAAUCAAUAUUUAGAACCGGUUCCAUUUCAACUAGGUUACAAUACACAUGUUAUCAUAAAGCCGGGCAUUGAAUUCCUAAUGGUCGAGUGCUGGCCGAAAAAUAACGAAGAAAACAUUGUCUACAAGGAUUUUCAUUUCUUUGUCACUGAAAAUGUUUCCUCAAAUGCAAUAUCAAGCAGUACUAAUAGAGACGAAUUGUUAUUAGACGAGGAUGACGUUACCAAAAGCUUUUCCGGUUCAAAUGACUCACACAUUAAAAAUAAUAAUAAUACUACAUCCCAAAGUAGUGAAAGUCGUCUGUCGGUUAUGAUCAUGGGAAUGGACAGUGUAUCACAUUUGAAUUUCUUGCGACAAAUGCGUUCAAGUGCAUCAUAUAUACACAAUAAACUGAAUUAUAUUGAAUUUUGGGGAUACAACAAGGUGGGCGAUAAUACAUACCCCAAUCUUAUGCCGGUUUUAACAGGUUUUGACGAGGAUGAGGUGGCCAUUUCGUGCCUAGGUCCAGCUCCUAAAUUUUCUAGUAGUCUUUAUGACAACUGCUCUCUUAUAUGGAAACGCUACAAGGAAGCUGGUUUCAAAACAGUCUACGCCGAAGAUGUUGGUGCUUUGAGUCUUUUCAACUGGCGGCAUUCUGGAUUCAAAAAGGCCCCCACCGAUUACUACCUUCGGCCAAUACUUCUCGAGAUGGAACGACACAUCAGCUACGAGAAGCGUUUAAAUGUCGCUCUCUGCAUGGGUGGACGCCGAACAGCAGAUGUUUUGCUCGAAUAUAUUCGUAAACUAAUACCGAUGAUGAAGCAUGAAAACUUCUUUGCAUUCUUUUGGACGGUUGCAAUGACACAUGACCUUUUUAAUAUGCCAAUGUUAUUCGAUGAAGACAUAAAACAUCUCUUGGAAAACUUUGACAUAAAUGGAAUACUCAAUCGCACAAUUAUAUUUCUUAUGAGUGAUCAUGGAAUAAGAUGGGGAUCGUUUCGCAAGACCUAUCAGGGCAUGAUGGAAGAGCGACUGCCACUUCUUAUAGCACUAUAUCCGCCGUGGUUUAAACAGAAGUACCCAGAGGCAGUCAGCAAUUUAGAAGCAAAUGCAAAACGUUUAUCAACUCCCUACGAUCUUCAUGCUACAAUGUUGGAUCUCCUUGACUUACGCAAGUUAAGUGCUAAACAAUUAGUUAAACGCAGCGCUGAACUGAAUGAUCCCGAUACAAGCAUGCCACGAAGUAUCAGCCUUUUUUUGCCGAUUCCAAAAAGCCGCACUUGCGAAAAUGCCUACAUUGCCUCGCAUUGGUGCAGUUGCCAUCAGCACCAAGAAUUGCCCACCAAUGAUGGCCGAGUGCAAAAAGCUGCCCGUUACAUUGUCAAAUUAAUAAAUGAUCGCCUAAAAGAUCAUCCUCAAUGUCGUGUUUUAUACUUGAAUUCAAUAACAUAUGCUACGGUAGCUGCGCCCCAUCACAAAAUCGUCAAAGAAUUGGGGGUCAGUGAUUAUUCAAUUGAUAUAACAUUACGUCUGCAAACAAAGCCUGGUCUCGGACUAUUCGAAUCAACUGUCAGAAUGUCUAGCUAUAACACUGCAUUGACAGGUACUAUAAGUCGCAUUAAUCUCUACAGCAGUCAAAGUUAUUGCAUCGAUGACUAUGCCCUGAAAAUGUUUUGCUAUUGUCACAGAUAAAUAUUGAAACUAUCCAGGCGUUUUGUUAUUUACUUGACCCAAAUUGGGUUAUAUUGACACAAUACAAAAUUAAUGAUUUAUGUUUCAGAUUUCAAUUUACAAAGUUCUCAUAAAAUAAGACUUAUUAAAAAAACUUUAAAUUGUACUAAAUAAAGCUUUAAACUAAGUUAAUUAAAACAAUAAUUAAAAAUAACUACGGUCAGUACUAUGUAUACGACUGUAGAAUUAGUAUUCCACAAAUAUUAUAUCAAUUAUACUAUAUACUACAACUACAUACAUAUAUUUAACAAACAUAAAUACAAAAUUAAAAAAAAUGUAGUCAUAAAUAUUUAUCACCAUUUUCUCAAUACUGGUGAAAUUAGAAAUUAUAAAUUUAUUUAGAUUUAACUAAUUCAUAUUUGUAUAUAAAUAUAUAGCACUUAAAAAUUUCUGAAACUAUAUUCUUAUUUUAAAAUACUAAUUUUUAAAUAGAUGUGAAAAUAAUAAAAACCGUCAAUACCCUUAAGUUCACUUAGCUGAAUUGAAACGAUUGGAAAGAAUAUCAAAUUCUCUUUUUUUCUUCUCCACCAUAAUCAAAAUAAUAACUUAGGUUAAGUUAAUACUAUUCCAUAUGGUCAACAUGAACUUAAAAACCCGUAACUCGGUGCUGUUAUUUGAUGUUACACAUUUGUCCAAAGCGAUGUAAAACGUAAAACUCUCAAAAGCAUGGCAAAAAGGACGUCCUGAAAAUGUCAACGAUGUACGAAGAUCUUCCUACACCCAUAGGUGAAUUACGAAUUCACCGCCUUUGAUAUAUUUCAGAGACUGUAAAUAACAGUUAUUCUGAAAUUUGUAACCCAAAAAAGUCUAUAUUGGAGUCAACGUAGACCUAUACUAUUAUAUACCAAUAUACUCGUAUUGAAUGUAUGGUGAUUUGAAAAAAACGAUCUUCGCUCCACAAAUAACAGUUAUUUUUUAACGGAAAAAUAAAAGUCUGAUUGAAACAGUUGAAAAAUUAGU